AUGGCGAAUAAGCUUGCGGAGUUCGGGAAUGGUCUUGACGACUUCACAGAUGUAUCAACGGACGACUUUGAAGAUAUGGUGAAUGUACGAGGCGAUCGAGAGGGUGACUAUCUUGCGGACGUGUACAUCGUUACCUGGAAGGACGAGACAGAGACGAAAAAGGCCGUGCUGAAGCUAACCGGAUGUGGUCACUUGUUUAAAGAAAUCAAGGAAGCUUACGCAUGCCUAGAGCGAUAUGGAGUGAUCCAUAACGAUCUUAGACCUGAGAAUGUCAUCGUCACCCAGACUGACGAAGUCAAGAUUAUCGACUUCAACUUGGCCGAAUUCAUUGACGAAGACGGCGGUGACGGUGAUGACGAACAAACCAGUUGA